AUGAUUGUUCAACUCAAAAGUGUUGGCCAUGCUCUCUCUGAUGAGCAGCAGGUUCAGGCAGUGAUUCGAUCGCUUUCCAAUAAUUGGGAAUAUCUGAAGGUUAACUUGACCCAUAAUGAUAGCAUCAAAAUUUUUGCCGAUGUUGUCCGUCAUGUGAAGCUUGAAGACGAGCGGCUUGGUGCUGCUAAAUAUGUACCUAAUGCCUUUGUGGUAGAAUCAAGUGGUACAAAGAGAUCAAGCGUCAAGCGAAAGAGAAACUGGAAAAAUGAUGGAAAGGACUCAGGGGCCACCGACCAUGUGAGCCGCGAUAGAGAAGCGUUUAUAGAGUUUCGUCAAGUUCCACCUAGAUCUAAGUAUAUAUAUGUGAGAAAUAAUGCAAAGCUUGAAGUCAAAGGGAUAGGCACUUGCAGAAUGGACAUGUGUGUUAGCCGAUCUUUGAUAUUGCAUGACAUCCUAUAUGUUCCAAAGAUUUGA